GCCGCCGCCUCCUCCCUUUCUCUCGGUCUGUCUCUCCCGGCCCGGAAUCCAGCCGGCCGCCCCGCCGGAGCGGCCAGGCCGCCGCCCGCCAGCGCCGCGCGCCCCGCUGGGGUCCGCCCGGGCGCGUCCGGAGCUCGCGGUCGCCGCGCAGGACAGAAUACAGAGGCCAAGAGUGCUGAGUGACCUGUGUAACCAUGACAGGCCGAGCCGGGAUCUGAACAAAGGCAGGCACACAGGGACCUCUUCAACCCAUCCAACUAGAGCAUCCUGCACAUUGGUCAAUCUCUCUUCAUCCCCUCUUUUCUCUUUCCUCUUCAACCUCUGUUCCAGGGACACUGGCUUCAUGGAGUGAAUUGGAGAACUGGCCUUAACUAUCCCUAAGUAUCUGGCCCGAUCCAUCACUGAAGCCUCCCCGUCAUCUGGCUGAGGUCAAGAGAGUUCACCAGCGAAGCUGUCUGGGCCUGGGCCUUUUUAAGGGAAGUUUUAAAAUGACUAACUCAAGGCCUGGAGAGAUGAAUCAGUGGUUAGUGACGCUUGCUACUCUUGCGGAGGAACUGGAUUUGGUUUACGAUCCCCUCAUUGGGAGUCUGUCACCUCCUGUGACUUUAGCUCCAGAGUCUCUGCAGAUGCAGAUGCAGAUGUUGAGACCCAGAGAAGGGGAGCUGCUCGCCUAGGGAUACGUAGCAGGAGAGGAGGAGCAGGGCCUUUAAGCCAAGACCCGGACACUACGGCUGGUGUCUGUGCCAAGCCCCCAGACUGCUCCCCUGAUCCACUGGGGUAGCCCUGCUACCUACCAGAUCUCUCCUCUACCUGGGGGAUUUCUGUCGCCCCCAGCCAGGACCAUGGGCAGCAACAAGAGCAAGCCCAAGGACGCCAGCCAGAGGCGCCGCAGCCUGGAGCCCGCGGAGAACGUGCAUGGGGCAGGUGGCGCCUUCCCUGCCUCACAGACACCAAGCAAGCCUGCCUCCGCCGAUGGCCACCGCGGGCCCAAUGCCGCCUUUGUGCCCCCCGCGGCCGCCGAGCCCAAGCUCUUCGGAGGCUUCAACUCCUCGGACACUGUCACCUCCCCACAAAGGGCGGGGCCUCUGGCAGGUGGGGUGACUACCUUUGUGGCCCUCUAUGACUAUGAGUCACGGACAGAGACUGACCUGUCCUUCAAGAAAGGGGAGCGGCUGCAGAUUGUCAAUAACACGAGGAAGGUGGAUGUCAGAGAGGGAGACUGGUGGCUGGCACACUCGCUGAGCACCGGACAGACCGGUUACAUCCCCAGUAACUAUGUGGCGCCCUCCGACUCCAUCCAGGCUGAGGAGUGGUACUUUGGCAAGAUCACUAGACGGGAAUCAGAGCGGCUACUUCUCAACGCCGAGAACCCCAGAGGGACCUUCCUCGUGAGGGAGAGUGAGACCACAAAAGGUGCCUACUGCCUCUCUGUAUCCGACUUUGACAAUGCCAAGGGCCUAAAUGUGAAACACUACAAGAUCCGGAAACUGGACAGUGGCGGAUUCUACAUCACCUCCCGCACGCAAUUCAACAGCCUGCAGCAGCUUGUGGCUUACUACUCCAAACAUGCUGAUGGCCUGUGUCACCGUCUCACUACCGUGUGUCCCACAUCCAAGCCUCAGACCCAGGGCCUGGCCAAGGAUGCGUGGGAGAUCCCCCGGGAGUCCCUGCGGCUGGAGGUCAAGCUGGGCCAGGGUUGCUUCGGAGAGGUGUGGAUGGGGACCUGGAACGGCACCACGAGGGUUGCCAUCAAAACCCUGAAGCCAGGCACCAUGUCUCCAGAGGCCUUCCUGCAGGAGGCCCAAGUCAUGAAGAAACUGAGGCAUGAGAAGCUGGUGCAGCUGUAUGCCGUGGUGUCAGAAGAACCCAUUUACAUUGUGACAGAGUACAUGAACAAGGGGAGUCUGCUGGACUUUCUCAAGGGGGAAACGGGCAAAUACUUGCGGCUACCCCAGCUGGUGGACAUGUCUGCUCAGAUUGCUUCAGGCAUGGCCUAUGUGGAGCGGAUGAACUAUGUGCACCGGGACCUCCGAGCCGCCAAUAUCCUGGUUGGCGAGAACCUGGUGUGCAAAGUGGCCGACUUUGGGCUGGCCCGGCUCAUAGAGGACAACGAAUACACAGCUCGGCAAGGUGCCAAAUUCCCCAUCAAGUGGACCGCCCCUGAAGCGGCUCUGUAUGGCAGGUUCACCAUCAAGUCGGACGUGUGGUCCUUUGGAAUCCUGCUGACUGAGCUCACCACUAAGGGCAGAGUGCCCUAUCCUGGGAUGGUGAACCGAGAGGUGCUGGACCAGGUAGAGCGGGGCUACCGGAUGCCUUGUCCCCCCGAGUGCCCUGAGUCCCUGCAUGACCUCAUGUGCCAGUGCUGGCGGAAGGAGCCUGAGGAGCGGCCCACCUUCGAGUACCUGCAGGCCUUCCUGGAGGACUACUUUACGUCCACGGAGCCGCAGUACCAGCCCGGGGAGAACCUAUAGGAACUGUGUGCACAGAACUGUCACCUCUAGGCUUUUGGGUGUCGCCUCCCUUCAUCCUCUCUCUGGGGCUGAGUUCCUCUGCAAUGCCCCUUUUGGAGCAUGGAAGGGCUUCAGGGACGGGGCAGCCUGGAAGGACAGGUUGAGGCUGGUACAGCGACUGUCCCACGCCUGCCAUGGCCACAGGCUCUCUGUGCAUUCUCUCUGGAGUCGGCCUGCUUCAUACUGGGUGACGAGCCGAGCUGGGGGCGGUUUUCCAACCUCAACCCACUCUACCCACCUGGCUCCUCCCCACUUUCUAAACCCUGGGUCUGUUUCAAGCUGGCCAAAGAGCCUUUCCAAAGAGGAAUAAGGCCCAGCCCUUGGCCUAUAUGUACUAACUGCCCCUGGUCAUCCUUGUUGGAGGCUUCUGGGUGGAACAUUGGGUCUAGAACCCUCUCCCAUGGCUCUCAGGCUAGACAGCCCAAGACCCAACACCAGUUGGGAUAAGUGUCAGAGUGAGCACUCCCUCAGCCCUGUCCUCACCAAGGACCCUUGAGAUCACCAACACAUUACCCUCAUUUCUCUGUUGGAAAAACUGAAUCCAGGAGGGGCUGGGACCUGUCCAAGACCACGGGCAGUUUCGGGUUGAGGUGGGCUUGGCACCUGGUGCUCCCUCUGUCUUCCUCAGGAACUAACGAGAGCUGUCCUCCAAGGGAGUGGGCAGGCUGAGGCCCGAGAGUGGCUUCAAGUUGUCAGGGUUCUGCUCUCACUGAUGCUCAUGGGUCUAUCAUGGGGGAAGAGGCAAGCAGGAGGCUGAGCCCGGCGUGAGGGGUAGGAAAUGACGGUGUGGAAGAGGUGCGUCACAAUGCAGCUGGGCUUUGACCUUAAGAGCUGGCCGUGAAGUGGAGUGAGCGCUCAGGCUGCAGAGGCAGUCAGGUAGAAGAGGAAGAACUAAGAAGUGAGGAGCCCCGCUCCUCAAUUUGUCCUGAUCAUUUCAACACCCUGCGCAUGCUCUUCUGCCUAUGCUGGGAUUCCCUAACUCACAGGGAGGGAGGGGAGCUCCCCGGCUGGGGAAAGGAGGGAGACGAUCCUUACUGCUAUGCACCAACACUGACCCUGCCCUCUCUAAGCUAAACUCUCUGCCCCUGUGACUCUGGCUUCUGCCAUUGCUCAGCCCCUUUAUAGAUAGAUCCACAGCUGGGUGACCAAGGGGAGCACGGCCCUGGAACAGCAGACAGCUGACUGCUUGGUCCCUGGCUCUUCUGCCUAGCCUUAGGAUAUGUGGUAGCUUCUCUCUGCCUCAGUGUCCCUAUCUGUAAGGUGGGCAGUUGGUGAUUUGUGGCAUUUCAACCAAGGACCCCUGUGUGUGUGUGUCUGUGUGUGUCUGUGUGUGUGUGUACACAUGUGCCUGUGUCUUCCCUUGUGUCCAUAUUUAACGUGUAAAAACAUCCCUACUCUGUCCCCAGACAUGGCCAUUUCACAAUUACCCCAUCACAGCAAUAAUGUCCCCAGCGCCGGGGAUCCGAGCCAGCCAGGCCCUGCUUGCAGGGAAGGAUGCCAAGCAGGGCCUGCCCUGACAUUUCCACUUCACUCCCAUGGUCUCCUGCCCAAGUCUCCCCAUGCACCUGGCGAGUCUAAGCUUGCCACCCAAUUCUCCCUACCCAACUCCAACUGCCCAAGGACCUUUGUGUAAGGUGGCCUCAGCGGUCCGGUUUUCUCCUUUUCUUUCUUUUUAACAGUGUUUUGUAGAUUUCGGAUGACUAUGCAGAGGCCUUGGGGACCCCCAGCUCUCGGCAGGGCCUGGGGAUCCCACAUUCCAUGGCCCAGGUGUGGGGGAGGGUUACCCAGACUGGUUGUACAUACUCUGCAUACUGUCUGAUUAAACACGAACAGACCUCA